UGAAUGCGCGCGGAUUGACUGGUCGCUGGUCGCACUUCAGCCGGUGAGCUUUGACAGCACAGCGGAGAAGAGGAACCGGAGUGAGGCCUUCGCGCAGUGACGCAGCGGCUCCUUCCUCCCGGUGCCAAACAACGCGCGCAGCGGCCAACCAGCUCCCGUCCGAGCCGAGAGGCGGCCGUCGGGCUUUGGCCUCAGGUGCAUCUCUGAGGCGGGCCGACGCGGAAGUCCAGGUGUCGUGGAGGUAUGGACUGUAACUGCGUCAGUGAUCUGCUGCUCCCCCCGGUGCCGGCGCUCUGGACACCAGGGAUCGCCUUCCCGGACUGGGCCUACAAGCCCGAGUCGAGCCCCGGCUCCAGGCAGAUCCAGCUGUGGCACUUCAUCCUGGAGCUGCUGCAGAAGGAGGAGUACCAGGGCGUGAUCGCCUGGCAGGGCGACUACGGGGAGUUCGUGAUCAAGGAUCCCGACGAGGUGGCGCGGCUGUGGGGGCUGAGGAAGUGCAAACCUCACAUGAACUACGACAAGCUGAGCCGGGCCCUGAGGUAUUACUACAACAAGCGCAUUUUGCACAAAACCAAAGGGAAGCGUUUCACCUACAAGUUCAACUUCAGCAAGGUGGUGCUGGUGAACUACCCCAUCCUGGACAUGGCCAACUCUCCCUUCUUUCUGUCCCAGAACCACUUCAACGGGGGCUCCGCCGCCCCGGACUGCAGCCCGGAGGCGAUACAGUCUCUGUUUCCUCGUUUGCCGGACUCCGGCAGGGGGACGUCCCUGUUUGAUCGGGGCGCCGCGGCCCCGGGGCCCGAAGGAGACAAGCUGAGGCUGGACACGUUCCCCUUCCUCGGAUCAGGUGCACCGUGCUACACCAAGCCUCCGUCACUGCUGGGCCCGUACCCGCGCAACCCGCCCUUCGACUACCCCUGGGGCUUCAACCCCUACCUCCCGGGGGCCUUCUCCCUCAACAACUGCCCCAAACUGCCCCCCGGCUCCCUCUACCCCUCCCAGUUUUACCCCAACCCUUUGCAGAGCAGCCUCUCCCAGCUGCCUCACCCCUUCUCCUCCCUGCUGCCCCCGGGGGAGGCGGGUGGCGGCGAGAGGGGGGCGGCGGGGCAAACCGCGGGGACGAACGGCGCCGCGGGGGGCCAACCGGUGCGGCUCGUCCUGCCGCCGUACCCCGGCGGCCCGCCGAUGGGUCGGACGGACAUCGGCGGCGCGGCGGGGGAGAGGGACCGAGCGGAGGCCCACCCUCCGGGCGCCGGGCCGGGCCUGAGUCUGGGGGGCGCCACGGGCCGGCAGACCCCCACGGAGCGGAGGGGAGGGGUGAAGCAGGACCCGGAGUCGGACUCGGACCUGGAGAUCACGGACCUGAGCGACUGCAGCUCGGACAACGAGCCGGAGUUCGUCGUCGGGAAGAUGCGGGCGCCGGGCGGGAAGAGGGGCGGCGCGCUGCCCCCCGCGCCCUCCCUGCCCCCGCGCCCCCUGAAGAGCCUGACGCCCGUCAGCCCCCCGUCCCGGCCCCCGUCCGUGGCCCUGCAUGACAGACACCGGGACACAGAGACCCUGAAGCUGAUACACAGCUAGUAGCUGCAGAGCUCCAUGACUCUCCUCUUCUCUCCUUUUCUCUCUCCAACACUCUUUGCUUUUUCCAUUUCAAGUGUAAACC